AUUUGGUAGCGUCCCAGCAUGCGUUGCAACCGGUGUCGAGCAGACGUUUCGUGAUCUUUGCAGUCAUUUCACAAGUGCUACGGAAAAUCACCUUUAUCUGAAAUGGAGACACUUCUUGAGCAACAGAGACGGUAUCACGAGGAGAGGGAACGUCUUAUGGACGCCAUGGUGAAGGAAAUGUUACACAAACCUGGAUCGCAUCGGGAACAGAUCAACUCAGAACAGAGAUGCAAACAGCUUCUGGAUAGGUACAUGGAAGUGUGUGCUAACCUGAAGGAAUUGUACGAAGACAAGGAUGGCCUGAGAAAAGAAGAAGUUGAUGCCUUAUCUGGUCCCAACGAGUUCCAGGAGUUCUACUCCCGUCUCAAGGCUAUCAAAGACUUCCACAGGAAACAUCCAAAUGAGAUCAGUGUGCCGAUGUCAGUUGAGUUUGAAAUGGUGAAAGAGGCAAGGGAGAACCCUACUGAUGAAGCUAUGGUGGACUUUACAGAUGAGGAAGGAUACGGGAAGUAUCUGGACCUCCAUGAGUGUUUUGAAAAGUACAUCAACCUCAAGAGUAUAGAGAAAGUUGACUACAUCACGUACCUGAAUGUGUUUGACCAGUUCUUUGACAUCGCCAAAGACAGGAAGAAUGCUCAGUACAAGGACUAUCUCCUGACCUUGCUGGACUACCUGCAGGGUUUCUGUGCCCGUGUGCACCCCCUGUUGGACCUGAACGAGGAGGUAGAACAAGUCAUGAGGGACUUCAACCUGCAGUGGGAGACUGGCACCUUCCCUGGCUGGCCUAAAGAGGCUAGCAGUGCCUUGGCCCACUCAGGUGCCCAUUUGGAUCUAUCUGCCUUCUCUUCUGCUGAGGAGUUGGCCUCCCUCGGUCUUGACAGGUUAAAGUCAGCCCUGUUGGCCCUGGGACUCAAAUGUGGAGGAACCCUGGAGGAGAGAGCUCAGCGGCUCUUCAGCACAAAAGGAAAGAGUCUUGAGGAGCUAGACCCUUCACUGUUUGCCAAGUCUAAACCUGGGAAGGGGAAAGGUGCCAAGGAUGUGAGUGAGAAACAGAAGGAGAUCGCCAGCCUUGAAGGACAGGUCUACCGACUCUCGGAGAUUCUCAGUGAGCACCGCGCGGCCACUCGCGAGAACGUUCAGCGCCGGCAGGCUCGCACGGACACGGAGCGGGAGGACGAGGACGCAGAGGAGUUCAGCGAAAGCGAGAGUGAAGACGAAGAGAACGAGAUCAUCUACAACCCCAAGAACCUCCCGCUGGGCUGGGAUGGCAAGCCCAUCCCAUACUGGCUGUACAAGCUGCAUGGCCUGAACAUCAGCUACAGCUGUGAGAUCUGUGGUAACUACACCUACAGGGGGCCCAAGGCGUUCCAGAGACACUUUGCUGAGUGGCGCCACGCCCACGGUAUGAGAUGUUUGGGGAUCCCCAACACUGCUCACUUCGCUAACGUCACCCUGAUCGAGGAUGCUGUCGCACUAUGGGAGAAACUGAAGAACAGCAAGUCAGCAGAGAGGUGGCAGCCAGACCAGGAGGAGGAGUAUGAAGACUCCACAGGUAAUGUGGUCACCAAGAAGACCUACGAGGAUCUGAAGAGGCAGGGGCUGCUGUAGGGAAAAUGGCCCAAACUUUAAGUCAAUCCCACUUCUGACACCAUCUUUAGUGGUCACAGGAAGACAUGAACUUGGGAGAUGAAGUAAAAAAUGGUAGUCAGUUAGCUUCAUUAUCAUUUUCACACCAUUGUAAAGAUGUAUCAGUAAGGAGUUGGCUGUCUCUUUCAAAUGGAGAAGGUGACAAUAUGAUAUUCAACCUAGAAAGGAACUUGAAAAUGGGUACUUAAUGUACGUGCACAUAGCUUACAGAAAGACUGAAAUGAAGAACGUCACAAACACUUUUUUGGUAUGAUGAUUCAUAGUCGUGUCCAGUGUACCAUUUUUUUCAUUACUAUUGUCACUCGUAUAAACAACAAGUAAAGACAACUUAUGUUGAAGGAGAGUGUUUUAAAACGAUACUUGUAAUUUCUUAUCUGCUAUUCUAUGGACCAAAAUUAGGAAAUGAUUUAGAUUCUGGUAGACUAAAGAAUAUGUGACACAAACUUUAUUUCUGCUUUGUAACACAGAGGUCUGUACGUACUCUUGAUAUUUUUCCACGUCAAAACAACUGUUUAGUGUAAGAAGGAAUAAAAACAGAAAAUGUA